AUGCGAUAUUCUCUAAUAAUUUUAGGAUAUAUUUCUGAGUUUUAGAAAUGGUAAUUAACAGAAUCUAAUACUGAAAAAGUAAUGAUUGCUUUUGGUAUAAUAAUAUUUGCUUAUGAUAUGAAUGGUGUUUUGACAGAAAUUAGAAUAGAAAUGGAAGAUACAACUUAAUUUCAAAGAUGUCUCUUUUAAGCUAUGGCAUUUGAAUCUGUAUUAUUCUAAAUCUUUGGUAUAACUAGUUUAUUAUUAUUCUAAUCUAAUACUAAAUAAUCUAUUAUUACAAAUUUUUAAGAAGAAUUUAAACAUAAUUAUUCAAUAGAAAUUACUUUAUCAAUUUUAAUUAUUACUUAUGUAUCAAUUCUUAUAGUAAAUACUUUAAUGGUUAAUAUGCCAUAUUAUCUAAUUAUUAAUUAAAUUCCUAAUAACAAAGAAUAAAUUAAAUUCUAAAUUAUAUAUGUUCUCUGUUAAAUGGUAAAUUAUAUUAAUUUUACAUUAGCUAAUUGCAUUUAUUUAUAGUAAAUAUAUUUAUUGGUGGAUUUUAUGGAUUAAUUGGAUGUUUUAGUUGA